CUCGCGAUCAUCUCGUUACGCAACGCUCGCUAUCGCUGCGAGGAAAUGGAAAAACACUAGUAGUACACAACUGCGUCGGGUUCCGCUACGGUGCUGCUGCUGUCGAGUGUGCGAUUCGAGAGGAUACUUGGCACGAAGCAACACCUUCGAGUUAAAUAAAGAAGUGUCGUCGAGUAUGUCAAAAGAGGAGAAGCUAAACGAGAAUUAGCCACUUAAUGGAGAUAUCGUUGUUAAUCACCGUGCCUGAUCAUCGUCACCCGCACACUUCUAUUUCAGCUACUUCGAAAAUUUUCUCGAAUCGUCCAUCCCGUCCACCGAAUAAUCCACCUUGUUUACUCUGUUAUGUGUACAUUCUCGGGGUCCUGUGAAUUCCGUGUCUUAUCAGGCAGCCGAGAUCUUAUCGGGCCGACAAUUUAACCAGCUUUCAGAAGCUCUUAAUCACCGUCCGACGAAACAGUGUCAUUCGACUGUUUCGCACCGAGAGACGUAUCGCGAUAGCUCGUUCCAACGACGUGUCGUACACGAUAGAAUAUGGACCAAGAGAAGUUCGAGUUCGCUAUAGAUCGCGGCGGCACGUUUACCGACGUGUACGCCAGAUGUCCAAGCGGCAAGAUUCGAGUGAUGAAAUUGCUGUCGGUGGAUCCUGCUAAUUACGAGGACGCGCCGCGCGAAGGGAUUCGGCGAAUUCUGCAACAGGAAACCGGGAAGAGAAUCGAGGGAGAGAUCGACGCGUCCUUGAUAUCGUGGAUCAGAAUGGGCACCACGGUCGCGACGAACGCUCUGCUCGAGAGGAAAGGCGCGAAAAUGGCACUUUUGAUUAACCGAGGAUUUAGGGAUCUGCUUUUUAUCGGGAACCAAGCGAGACCGAAUAUAUUCGACCUGCAAGUAGCCACACCGGAAGUGUUGUACAAAGAAGUAGUUGAAGUUAGAUGUAGAGUGAUACCUGCACUGCCAGGUAAAUGUCAGUUAGAGAAUAAAGAGUGGCGCAGAGUAAAGGGUUCGACAGGUGAAGAUCUCUUCGUGACUCAAGAGCUCGACGAGGAAAGACUGAAACGGGAUUUGGAAGAGCUGAAACGAUCUGGAAUCGAAAGUUUGGCCGUUGUCCUCGCGCACAGUUUCACAUACGCCGAGCACGAGAUUCGAGUAGGCGAACUAGCAAGACUAGCUGGCUUCUCUCAAGUGUCGCUUUCUCACCAAGUUAUGCCAAUGGCGAGAAUAGUCCCUAGAGGAUUCACCGCUUGCGCCGAUGCAUACUUAACACCUCACAUUAAACAAUAUCUACAGGGUUUCUCUUCUGGAUUCAAAGACAAACUGAAAGGCGUGAACGUAUUAUUCAUGCAGAGCGACGGUGGACUGACUCCGAUGAAUUCAUUCAACGGAUCUCGAGCCAUCCUUUCCGGCCCCGCAGGCGGGGUCGUUGGCUACGCGAUCACCACUUACGGCAAAGAGACCGAUUUACCGGUGAUUGGGUUCGACAUGGGCGGCACUUCGACAGACGUGAGUCGUUUCGGCGGCAGCUACGAACACGUUUACGAGAGCACAACCGCGGGUGUCACGAUCCAAGCUGCACAGUUGGACGUGAACACAGUUGCGGCAGGAGGUGGAUCGAUGCUUUUCUUCAGGUCGGGACUGUUCCAAGUUGGACCCGAGAGCGCCGGGGCUCAUCCCGGACCGGCUUGCUACAAGAAGAACGGUCCUUUGGCUGUCACCGACGCGAACCUCGCUCUGGGAAGACUUCUGCCCGAGUAUUUCCCCAAGAUUUUUGGCCCGAAUGAGAACGAGCCGCUGGACAAGUCGCGAACUAUGGAAGUUUUCGAAAUUCUCACGAAUCAAAUAAACGAAUUUUUAGCGGAGAAGAGUCACGGUGGUAGAAUGAGCGUCGAAGAAGUGGCGAUGGGGUUCGUCAGAGUGGCUAACGAAACCAUGUGUAGGCCUAUACGAGCUUUGACACAGGCAAAGGGUUACGACACAUCUCGACAUGUUUUAGCGUGUUUCGGCGGUGCCGGAGGACAGCACGCGUGUGCCAUAGCACGGUCCUUAGGAAUGGGAACUGUUUUCGUUCACAAAUACGCUGGAAUCCUGUCGGCUUACGGGAUGGCAUUGGCUGACGUGGUUGAGGAAGCUCAGGAACCCAGCGCAGAAGUUUACGAAGAAGAAUCAUUCUCACGAUUGGACAAACGCAUGGACGCCUUGGAGAAGAAAGUUCGAGCCAAACUAGCCGCUCAGGGAUUCACAGAUUCCCAAAUAGUCACCGAACCGUUUCUACACUUGCGUUACCAGGGCACAGACUGCGCUCUGAUGUGCACUCCCGGCAAAAAUUCCGAAAACAAAGGCACGAGACACGGAAACUUCCUCGCUACGUUCUUGGAAAGGUAUCAAAUAGAGUUCGGUUUCACUAUGCCCAAUCGAAAGAUCCUGGUGAACGACAUAAGAGUGAGAGGCGUAGGAAAAACUGACGUCGAGGAUGAUCCAAUUCUUCCUCCUCCCAGCGAGCUGCCGAAAUUAGAAAAGACUACGAUGGUCUAUUUCGAGAGCGGCUACCACGAGACCAAAGUGUACCAAUUGCACGGUCUAUCUCGCAGCCACGAGAUUCACGGGCCAGCCAUUAUAAUGGACAGCUUGAGCACCCUUCUGAUCGAACCUGAUUGCACCGCAUCGAUCACGCCCCGAGGCGACGUGAAGAUAACGAUCGGUCAAGGCCUGAGGACCGAGGUCACGACCGAAUUGGACACCAUUCAACUGAGCAUCUUCUCUCACCGGUUCAUGAGCAUCGCCGAGCAAAUGGGCAGGAUCCUUCAGAGAACCUCCAUUUCGACCAACAUCAAGGAGAGGCUGGAUUUCUCCUGCGCUGUCUUCGGACCCGACGGAGGGCUCGUUUCCAACGCUCCACAUAUACCUGUACACCUGGGCGCCAUGCAAGAGACUGUGCAGUUUCAGAUGAAAGUUUUCAAGGGAGAAUUCUCGAGGGGAGAUGUGAUUCUGGCGAAUCAUCCUUCCGCCGGUGGAUCGCAUCUUCCUGAUCUUACCGUCAUCACUCCGGUUUUCUACAAGGACGUGGAGAAAGCGGUGUUCUUCGUGGCAAGCAGAGGGCAUCACGCUGAUAUCGGAGGAAUCACGCCUGGAUCCAUGCCGCCACAUUCUACUUCUUUGCUUCAGGAAGGAGCGACCUUUAAGAGCUUCCUGUUGGUGCACAAAGGCGUGUUCAGGGAGAAAGAAUUGACGGAAGAGCUGAUGGCUCCUGGGAAGAUCCCAGGAAGCUCCGGAACGAGAAAUCUGACCGAUAACCUGAGCGAUUUGAAGGCUCAAAUUGCAGCUAAUCACAAAGGAUCGCUCCUAGUCAACGAACUGAUCGAUAUAUACGGUCUCGACGUGGUGCAAGCGUACAUGGGCCACAUUCAGCACAAUGCUGAAGUUGCUGUGAGAGAUAUGCUGAAGUCUGUCGGUAGAAAAUUGAUUGAAAACACUGGAAACACCGUGGCAACUGCUGUAGAUUAUUUAGACGAUGGAAGCCCUAUUAAGUUCAGUUUGAGCAUCGAUGUAGAGAAAGGCGAAGCAGUCUGUGAUUUCACUGGUACAGGGUACGAAGUGUGGGGAAACUGCAACGCACCUCGUGCAAUCACUCUUUCAGCGCUGAUUUACUGCUUAAGGUGUAUAGUCGGUAGAGAUGUUCCUCUGAAUCAAGGUUGUCUCAAGCCUGUUCAAGUAAUUAUUCCCAAAGGCUCUCUGUUGAACCCUUCAGAAGAGGCAGCAGUGGUAGGUGGCAACGUUCUCACGUCUCAACGCGUGGUGGACGUCGUUCUCCAAGCUUUCGGAGCUUGUGCAGCCUCGCAAGGUUGCAUGAAUAACGUGACACUAGGCACGGAAGAGUGGGGAUAUUACGAAACUGUCGCUGGCGGCAGUGGAGCAGGACCAACGUGGGACGGAAGAGGAGGAGUGCACACGCACAUGACAAACACGCGAAUCACCGACCCAGAAAUAUUGGAACUUCGCUAUCCCGUGAUUCUCGAUAAAUUCUCUCUUCGUCCUGGAAGCGGAGGAGCUGGAGCUCAUCCUGGAGGCGACGGAGUCGUUAGAGAAAUGACUUUCAGAGCACCUAUGAUGCUAUCCGUGUUAACGGAAAGAAGAGUGAAUAAUCCACCGGGUUUAGCAGGAGGACAGCCAGCGCAGAGAGGAAGGAACACGCUGCAACGAGCUGACGGAAGAAGGAUCAACUUGGGUCCGAAGACCGCGGUACCUGUGUGUCCAGGGGACACAUUCAUCCUGGAAACUCCGGGAGGCGGUGGUUACGGCUGGCCAGAUCAGAAGGUUCCGCCGGUCCAAAGGAACUCGUCCAAGUUCCUCGAACGCGGCAGCGUGUUCGAGUAUAGAAAAGCACAAGAGUCUGUAUAAACACGCACACUC